CGCAAACGCCACAGCCGAUGAAGGAGCAAUGUACAUGGUGAUUCUUUGUUGCCGCCAUCAUGCGCGUCGCCCCCCAGUCUAAUAUACCUACCUAUGGUCUCGGUCCUGCUCCGACAAUGCUUCACCAUGGCCCCCCCAGACAGCGCCAGGAAGCCCCCCGCCUGCGUGCGCUGUCGCCAACGCAAGGUCAAGUGCGACGCGCUUCUGCCCACCUGUUCCAACUGUCUCAGAGCUCGCGUUCCGUGCGAGCAGACUUCGGCUGGCUCCGAGCGCCAGUACAUUCUCCAGCUGGAGGCACGCGUGCGCGAGCUGGAAGCUGCAUCCUCUCCGUCGCGCGUCGGCCCGUCACCGUCGUCGCCUCGCAUCGGCCCCAAUCAGCCUCUCGCACAUGAGGUCGGUCUCUUGUCGUUACAAGCUUCUCAGACGCCCAAGUAUCUCGGCCCAUCGUCCGGUGUCGCUUUUGCCCGUCUGGCCUCGGUGUCGGCGCCGCAAGCCCAGGGCCUCGCUACCGUCUUCCUCGAUGACCUGCCGCAGCCUCCCGACGUUGCUUGUGCCUCAGCUCUUCCCCCGCUUCCAGACAUUCAUCGCUUCAUCGGCGCCUACUUCGAGGCCUUCCAGCACCUCUACCCCUUCCUGGAUGAGGAUCAUGUUGACAUCAUCGUCGAAAAGUGCACUUCUGCCUCGGCAUCUGCAUCUGCAUCUGCUGCUAACCAGGCGACCGUCUUCCUCCUUGUUGCCAUAGGAUCGGCCAUCUUGGAAGCUCAGCUCGGUGCCGAUUUCGCUUCGACCACUUACCUUGCCGCUGCUAUGAAGCACGUGGCCGAGACACAGCUGCAUGAAAGCCUCCAAGGCGUUCAAAUCAAGCUUCUUCUUGUCUUAAGCAGCUUCUGCUUCCCUAAUGGUCCCAAUGCUUGGUUUCUCACCCACACCAUCCUGGCAAGCUGCUUGGACUUAGGCUUGCAGAGACGGCAGGCUCCGGGUCCACCCAAUGCAUUGGCCGGACAUGUGAGGGUUGACGGCGCCGUUGCCCCGCAUGACGUCAGGAGUGGCAUAUUUUGGUCGGCAUACUCUCUUGAUCGCACGCUUUGCACGACGUUAGGCCGUCCUCUUACCCUGCGUGACGAGGCUAUAGACGUUGAGUUUCCAGGCCAGCAAGGUUCCGAGGAGAUUGACCUCGAUUCUAUCGACGCCUCGGCCACACUACAGGAUGCCAGUGUACAAGACCCUCUCCACAAGAGACCCUCCAAAAGACGGCGGACGGAGAGUAUCGAUCCUCUCUACGCGGCAAACAUGUCCUUUCGUUUCGACCGCCUCGUGGCUGAGAUAAAGCUAAUGAUACAUCGUGUCGCCCAAUCUCCCAAGCGUUUCCCCUGGCCAACUAACCUCGAGCAGUGGCAAAAGGAAGCACACGGUUCCUGCAAAGGCCUUCUAGAGCACGCGCGCCGCGUGCUUUCACCAGCCACUGGCGGCGUGACUCGUUCCCUUUCGUACCGGGUCCUGCGCUCGCUUGAGCUGAAGCAUCAUCAGUGCGUGAUGCUGCUAUUCCGCCCGAGUCCUGCGUUCCCGCGCCCCUCGCCCGAAGCCUUCAAUAUCUGCGUGGACAGCGCCACCGAGACCAUCGCCAUAUACUUCGAGCUGCACCGCUUCGGCCAGAUGAUGAAUUCAUGGCUCACGGCCCACAGCGUCUUCGUCUCCGGCAUAACGAUGCUUUAUUGUCUGUGGGUAAGCCCGUCGAUACGCGACAGGACUAGGACGGCCUUCACGGAACACACACGGAGGUGCUCGCAGGUGCUGGAAGCGCUGGGCAAGACUUGGUCGGUCGCAAACGACGCACGGUCAAAGUUUGAUCGUCUUGCGGAAGCCACUGAGCAAUCCUGGCGGCGCAUGGAGAGGUCUUGGCAUGCACAACAGGGCGAGACGCAGCCUGGUCAGUCGCAACAUGGGCUGCAGUCGAACACUGCAAUCGAGGGGGGUUGGAAUGGGAAUAGCUGGACAGAUGAAGGCCUGGAUGCUCUGUUCGACCCGGCUGAAAUACUGGCUGAUCAGCUGGGCGAUGUAAGCGGUUGGUUUGAUCUCGAUUGGUUCGAGUGUGGUGGUAUUUAGCUCCUGUGUACAACGUUGCUCUUACCAAAC